GUAUUUAGGGUGUUUAAAUCUAUUUAUACUAGUUUGCAAGUACUAUGAAAUCAACCGAUGAAUUGUUAUGUGGAGUGUUUGUCCAUGUGCCGCUUUACGGUUACGUUUUCAGACCAUAAUACAAAGGCAAAAAUUAAAUAUAAAACCAAAUCAAAACGUUUUGUUUUGUUUUUUUGUAAAAUUGCAAUUUCCAUUUAGACCCCAAAAAUACAAAUUCAAACUCAUUUACUCACACUCACGUCGUUACAAACAUGUGAUUUUCUUUAUUAUGUGGAACAUAUAACAUGUUGCAUUUGUAUUGAUAUGGUCUAAAAAUUUAACUAACUUAAGCGUUACAUAAACCCUAAUGGUGUAUCUCCUUUAUGCGUGUUAUUUUGUCUGGAAUCAUAUUUCUUUCUAUUAUUUGUUUUCCUUAUUUUAAACAUGAUAUGUCAUAACAUAUAAUGUCUAAACAUACAGGGGGAAAAAAACUGCUGGUGAAACAACUUGAGAUCAGCUUCCAUAUUAAGAUGGCGUUUAUUAAAGAAGAGAGUGAAGACAUGAGCAUUUCAGAGCCAUUUCGAGUGAAACGUGAAGAUACUGAGGAACAAACAGACCUGAUGCCGCUUAAGGAGGAGAGUCAAGAACUGAAUGAAAUGGAGGAGAAAGAGCAGUAUGAGAAACAUGAUUUCAUAACUGGUGAAAAACUUGGCUUGCAGACUGAAAAGUCACAAAAACUAGUGCAGGAGACAGAUUCCAAAAGUUAUUUCACCUGCCAUCAGUGUGGAAGUGUUUUCGGUUCUGCAGGAAGCCUUAAAGUCCACAUACGAAUUCACAAUGGAGAGAAUCCUUUCACUUGUGAUCAGUGUGGAAAGAGUUACACUCGAAGCAAAACCUUAAAGCAUCACAUGAGAAUUCACACUGGAGAAAAACCUUUCACAUGUGAUCAGUGUGGAAAGAGUUUCAUACGUAAAGACACCUUUAAUUUACACAUGAGAAUUCACUCAAGAGAGAACUGUUUUAUAUGUCGUCAGUGUGGAAAAAGUUUCAUGUCUUUAGAAGACCUUAACAAGCAUGUGAUAAUUCACUCGGGAGAGAAGCCCUUCCAGUGCCAUCAAUGUGGAAAGGGGUUCCAAGUAAAUAAGGUCCUCAAGAGACACAUGAUAUCUCAUACUGGGGAGAAGCUUUUUAAGUGCCAUCAGUGUGGAAAGUGUUUAAAACAUGAAGAAUCCCUCAAUUACCACAUGAAACUUCACACCGGUGAAAGACGUUUCACCUGCCCUCAAUGUGGAAAGGGUUUCAUACAUAAAGGACACCUCAAUGAUCACAUGAGAAUUCACAUGAGAGAGAACAGUUUGAAAUGCCUUCAAUGUGGAACGAGUUUCACAGACAAAAAACAACUGAAAAUGCAUGAAAAUACUCACACCAAAGAGAGGCCUUUCUCCUGCUCUCAGUGUGGAAAGAGUUACACACUUAAAGGAAACCUUAAGACUCACAUGAGAUCUCACAGCGGAGAGAAGCCUUUAACUUGUUCUCAAUGUGGAAAGAGUUUCAUACAUAAAGGACAUCUUAAUAGUCACAUGAAAAUUCACGAAAGAGACAAUGAUUUCAAGUGCCAACAGUGUGGAAAGAGUUUCACAGACAAGAAACAUCUUAAAUGGCACGUAAAUAUUCACAAAGGACAGAAGCCUUUCAUGUGCUAUCACUGUGGAAGGAUUUGUACAUGCAAAGCAAACCUCAAGGUUCACUUGCGAAUUCACACUGGAGAAAAGCCUUUCUCCUGCCCUCAUUGUGGAAAGAGUUUCACAUUUAGCGGAAGCCUUAAGAUUCACAUGAGAAUUCACACUGGAGAGAAGCCGUACACAUGUCUUCACUGUGAGGAGAGUUUCGUUUAUCUAGGACAGCUAAAAAGUCAUUUGCAAACUCAUUCUGGAGAGGAAUUGCAGUGUUCUGAUUGUUGCAAGAAGUAAUUUAAUUGUGAUCAAUGUAAUAAAAAAAUGUUGUCAUCACACUUAAAGGGCUCAUAUGAUGCGAUUUCAAGUUUUCCUUUCUCUUUGGAGUGUUACAAGCUGUUUGUGCAUAGAUACGAUCUUGCAACGAAGUUGCAAAGACUAAAGUCUCAAAUCCAAAGAAAUAUUGUUUAUAAAAGUUAAGACUCGUCCACGCCCUCCUAAAACGGCUCAUUCAAACACGCCCCCACAUGUCUACGUCACUGUGUGGGAAUAUUUGCAUAACACCGCCCAAACGUACACGCAAUGAAAGAGGGUGUGAUUUUUAUUCUCGCUGUAGUAUUGUUGCUGCCGCCGGCGUCAUGUCCUAGAGACUCUGUGUUUCGUUGUGAAAGCAAAACUACUUUGUUUGGGCUUCCAAAAGAGGACACAACUAGAUAUCAGUGGUUAAGUUGUGUUAAGGUGGGGCAUAGAGGAGCAACAAUAAUGUACAGUAUGUGGAAAAUAAUGUUUUUUUUUUUUUUAUGUAAACCACAUAAACAUAUUGCAUUACACCAAAUACACAAAAUAAUGUUCUUUUUAGCAACAUCAUAUGACCCCUUUAAAGAUACACCUGAAAAGUCACGCAGACAAGAGACCCUAUUUGUGUUCUUUGUGUGGAAAGAAAUUUCAAUGGCUCUGAAAUUUGAGAUUGCACAAGAGAUUUCAUAUCCAUGUGAAACCUAUGACCAGAGCAAGCUACUUAAAACGAAAGCAACAAAUCCAUACUGGAAAAAAAGCCUGAUAAGUUUCAGCAUCAUGAAAGGUGACUUUUGUGGUGGUUGAGUGAUGGUGCCUUAAUUGUGUUAUGCAAAGCUGCUGUUUUUUGUUUCUUGUCCCAUGUCACUGUGAUAAACAUUAAUAAUUUUUUUUUUUUUCAGGAAAUUUUGUUCUUACGUUAUUGUGUUGUAUGUGAGGCAACUAUUCGUAAUGUAGUUUUUUUUCAAUGCACUGCCUUUUCUUUGUUACUUUUCUUUAAUAUCCUACCAAAAUAAUGAAAACUGCAGUGUGUAAUGUAACCAAGUAAUAAUACUUUGUUUAUUAAAUGUAUACUUGUAUUUCCCCGACGCAUUUAGAAUCAUUAAAAUUCAAGGCAUUCUAAAUUAUAUAAAGUUCCAAACGUAGGUUCGGGAGGAGCCUAAUCAUUCAGUCCUGUCAAACAUCAUUAUACGAGCCUAUAUAAGCAGCUCUCAUUGCGCGGUCCCAGCGUCAAUUCUUCCAGCAUCCCUCCACAUCCCCAUCUCCUCCUCUAUUUCUGUUUUUCUUCCUCUAGGUAGUAUCGCAGUGCGGGGUUGAACGCCUCAGGUUUGAGCCUCCAUUAAGGACAGCAAGCUAAGUUUGUUUACCAUUAACCAUCAGGACUGGAUGGGCAGGGAGAACUCAUGAAAGGCGGCAUAAAUGCCUCUAUGUGUUUUAUAUUUAUAUAAUUUAGUUGAUCUAUAUCGCAUGAAGAGUAUGUUUUUUUUUCUCCAGUUAUCAGCAUGUAAUGUUGAUACAAAUGUAAUAUUGAUUUUAUACAAGUUUAAAGUUAGCAUUAAGUAACUUACAUUUUGGACAUUAUAUUGCCUGUUGUUUCUCAAUAUUGUCAACAAAAACAGUUCCAAACAAAGAUCACAACACUGUUUUGCAUCUUUGAGCAACACAGGAUAUGUAUUGUGUUCCUUAUUGAAUCAAUCAGCCGUUUGAAUGAAUCGGUUGAAUCUCAAUGUCUCACUCAUGAACAGCGACUUGCUGACAUCUGGCAGUGUUAAUUUCACAUUUCAACAAUUUUUUCAUGUUUUAAAUAAUUUCAAAUAGCCUGGUUUUCAACAUUUUAUGUUUAAAAAAAACAUAGGCCUACUUAUGCAUUUGUAACUAGGUCAAAUGCAUUCAUGUCCCAUCUGAGCUACAGUACAGUAAACUGUGUAAAUACAUCUAAAUGCCACUUCAGAUGCAGAUACCAUAAUUGUUUUUGUUUGUUUUUUGUAAUGAAAGAGACUAAGUACUGGCUGAAGUGCCUCUUAUUAUUACCCAAAAAACAAAAUGGAUGAAAGAGUUAAAAUUAAAUGCAAUUUUCUGCUCAAACUGUCUGUGUAUAAACAUUUUUCUAAAUUUAUUUGCUUUUCCAUUUUGCAUUUAGGCUACUUAAGUAUGUUUAAUUUUCAUACCUAAGUAGGCC